GUAAGAGAGGAGAGACAAGAAAGAGAAAAAAAAAAGUGUUGUGCUCGUGCGUUGUCGUUAAGUUAACCGUCCUCAAAGGGUUUACCUGUAAAAUAUAUAUUAACAAUAAUAAAUAUUUUAGGAUAGUUUAUAUUAUUUUCUAUAAACUAAAUAACCCAAUUAUAAUACAAUGAUGAUAAUAUAAUCGAAAAAAAAAGAAACAAAAGAGGGGAAAAAAAAUUACUCACUUUGUGGCUUUUUUUUUUAUUUUUUUUUUGUUGGUAGUAGAUAAAAUUGUGAUUUAAAAAAAAAAAAAAAAAACACAACAGCUUACUGGUUGAUUUAUCAACAAACAAACAAAUUAUUAUAAAUAUAAUUAGCAUCUGUGUUAUAUAUAAAACAAAAAAAAGAAAAGGCCAACGGCCAGGUGAUGCGCGCAUAUGUCUAGAUUCAUAAGAACUCAGCCACUGGCUACAGGACAAGUUAAACGUUCAUCAACAUCAUCAUCAUCUUCAUCAGCAUCAACAUCAACAUCAACAAUUGAUAUUAAUAAUUUUAAUAGUACAGCAUUGCUGGGUUUUGGUGCAACAUCAAAAAGAUUGCGGCAUAAUAAUACCGAGCAAGAAGAUCAAGGAAUUAAUAAUAUAAUUAUUGAUAUUGAUAAUAAUAUGACGGACACUGCUACACCAACAAGCCAAAAGAGGGCUAAUUUUUCAGCCCUUAAUGUUGCUAAUCCCAACGGUGUCAAUAAAUUAUCACCAACAAUGACUCAUACAAAACCUGGAUCAGCUAAAAAACUUGUUAUUAAAAAUUUUAGAAAUAAUCCAAAGCUACCUGAAAAUUAUCAAGAAGAAACAUGGGAAAAAUUACGUGAAGCUGUUAUUGCUAUUCAAACAAGUACAAGUAUUGAAUAUUCACAAGAAGAGCUAUAUCAAGCUGUUGAAAAUAUGUGUAAUCAUAAAAUGGCAAUAAAAUUAUAUGAUAAUUUACGUAAUUUAACUGAAAAACAUGUACGUGAAAAUGUUGAACAAUUUCUUGCUGAAUCAAUGGAUCGUUUUGUAUUUUUAAAAAAAAUGAAUGAUUGUUGGCAAUCACAUUGUCGUCAAAUGAUUAUGAUACGUAGUAUAUUUUUAUAUUUGGAUAGAACAUAUGUAUUACAAAAUUCUGGUGUACAAUCAAUAUGGGAUAUGGGAUUACAUUUAUUUCGUUUACAUAUUGUAUUAAAUUCACUUGUACAAACACGAACAGUUGAAGGUUUGUUAAUGCUAAUUGAUAAAGAACGUCAAGGUGAUGCUGUUGAUAGAACAUUAUUAAAAUCAUUAUUACGUAUGUUAUCUGAUUUACAAAUAUAUCAAGAUGCAUUUGAAGCAAAAUUCAUAAUGGCAACUGAAAAAUUAUAUGCUAUUGAAGGACAAAAUUUGAUGAAAGAACAAGAUGUACCAAAUUAUUUGGCACAUGUUGAUAAACGUUUACAAGAAGAAAAUGAAAGAUUAUUACAUUAUUUAGAUAUAUCAACAAAAUGGAGUUUAAUACAUACUGUUGAAAAACAAUUAUUAACUGAACAUGUUUCAGCAAUUUUGCAUAAAGGUUUAUCUGAUUUAUUGGAGGGAAAUCGUUUAGCUGAUUUAAAAUUAUUAUACAAUUUAUAUAGCAGAGUUAAAACUGGUCUUAAUGAAUUAUGUGUAAGUUUUAAUGGUUAUAUUAAAAGAAAAGGUAAAACAAUUGUUAUUGAUCCAGAAAAAGAUAAAACAAUGGUACAAGAGCUACUUGAUUUUAAAGAUAAAAUGGAUAAUAUUGUUAUUAAUUGUUUUUAUAAAAAUGAAAAAUUUUCAAAUAGUUUAAAAGAAGCAUUUGAAGCAUUUGUUAAUCAACGUGCAAAUAAACCAGCUGAAUUAAUUGCUAAAUUUGUUGAUAUGAAAUUACGUGCUGGUAAUAAAGAAGCAACUGAAGAAGAACUUGAACGUUUAUUAGAUAAAAUAAUGGUAUUAUUUAGAUUUAUACAUGGUAAAGAUGUAUUUGAAGCAUUUUAUAAAAAAGAUUUAGCUAAAAGAUUAUUAGUUGGUAAAUCAGCAUCAGUUGAUGCUGAAAAAUCAAUGUUAUCAAAAUUAAAACAAGAAUGUGGUGGUGGUUUUACAAGUAAACUUGAGGGUAUGUUUAAAGAUAUGGAAUUAAGUAAAGAUAUUAAUAUUGCAUUUAAACAAUAUUCAAUUAAUUUACAAACUAAUUUUAUAUCAAAUAAUUUGGAUUUAACUGUAUCAAUAUUAACAAUGGGAUAUUGGCCAACAUAUCCAGUUAUGGAAGUUAGAUUACCAAUUGAAAUGAUACAAUAUCAAGAUAUAUUUAAUAAAUUUUAUUUAUCAAAACAUAAUGGUAAAAAAUUACAAUGGCAACCAACACUUGGUCAUUGUGUUUUAAAAGCAACAUUUCAAUUAUAUCAUAAAAAAGAAUUACAAGUAUCCCUAUUUCAAGCAUUAGUUUUAAUAUUAUUUAAUGAUUGUGAUGAUUUAUCAUUUGAAGAAAUUAAACUUGCAACAAAUAUUGAAAUUGAUGAAUUAAGAAGAACAUUACAAUCAUUGGCAUGUGGUAAAGCAAGAGUUUUAUUAAAAAAUCCAAGAGGUAGAGAUAUUGCUGAUGAUGAUCGUUUUGUAUUUCAUAAUGAUUUUACAAAUAAAUUAUUUAGAAUUAAAAUUAAUCAAAUACAAAUGAAAGAAACAAAUGAAGAACAAAAAGCAACUGAAGAAAGAGUUUAUCAAGAUCGUCAAUAUCAAAUUGAUGCUGCUAUUGUUAGAAUUAUGAAAAUGAGAAAAACUUUAACACAUAAUAUUCUCAUUAGUGAAUUGUUUAAUCAACUUAAAUUUCCUGUCAAGCCUGCUGAUUUUAAAAAACGUAUUGAAUCAUUAAUCGAUCGUGAUUACAUGGAACGUGAUAAAGAUACUGCUAAUCAGUAUAAUUACGUUGCGUAACCACAAGAUAAUGCCAAAGUUACGUUUAACACAAUGAAAUAUUAUAGCGAGAUAAGUAUCAAAUAAUCAUCAAACAUAAUAUUGUAGAAAUAACAAAUCAUUUCUUUCUUUUUUUUUUUUUUUUUUUUUUCUAUGCAACAGACGUUUUGAAAAGUAAUGAAUAAUUCAUAUAUUAUAUUAUAUUAAAAAUAACAUGGCUAAUUUUUUUUAUUUUUUUUUUUUACAAAAAAAAAAAAAGAAAACAAACAAA